CCGCAUCCGAGGAUUUCAGCGCUGCACGGUACAGACCGCCACUGCCAAACGAAAAGGCGCAUAUUGCAACGCAUUCCCGACAACAAUCCCUGCGGACGCUUCGUUCGUUCUCUUCCGAAGCAAUCCAAUGAAUUCCGCCGUUUCCAUUGCGGGCCGCCGGUGGCGCUCCUCCCGGGCAGGCAUGGGCCUCGUCCGGCAGAGGCUGGCGAUGGGCCUUGCCUCCCCGCCGUCCCUCGACCGUUGCGGCGCAUUCGGGUUCAAGGCAUUCUCGUCCGGGGACAGCGAACCAACCGCACCAAAAACACCGUCGUCCUUUGCCGUCGUCGACCACUCGAGGGCCUACGAGGCGUCCAUGGAGGGACGCCACGGCCAGCAGCUGGCCCUCGCACGGCUGGAGGGAAUCGGAAAGGACGACCUGCCCUUUGAUCCGUUCGAGGAGGAGGAACGGAAAUUUCUAGAGGAAGAGGAGGAACGAGCCAAGCUCCUGGAGGCGGCCGAUGGCGAGGGAGGCGAUGUCGAAGAAGCCGACGAAUUCGGGCUCGAAGAAGAGGACGACGAUGAGGAGGAAGAGGACAACGACGAUGAAACCACCGGUCGCUACAACCGCGACGGAUCGGUGCGGCUCAAGAAAUCCGUCCUGGCCACCCUCCGGGCCGGCUACCCGGCGGGCGGCCUCUUUGCGGUCGUCGAGCUCGCGGGCUCCCAGCACAAGGUCACCACGGACGACCUGCUGGUCGUCAACAAGCUCAAGCCCAUCGAGAACUACCCGAUCGGAUCGGUGCACACCCUGACCGACGUCCUGCUGGUCGGGUCCUCCCACCGGACCCUGGUGGGGAUGCCCAGAGUCGCCGGGGCCGAGGUGGACGUGAUGGUGGAAGAAAUCACACAGGACGCCAAGGUGGUCAUCUUCAAGAAACGGCGCCGGAAGCACUCCCAGCGGAAGAACGGGUUCCGGCGGGACCUGAUGCUGUUGCGGGUCCUGGACGUCCGGCUCCCGGAGGAGCACCGAGACCACGCCCACGUGGGCAGGGACGAGAGCCUCGAGGACCUGGACACGGUCAACCAGAGAAUCGGAGGCGACGAUGAGGUGUCUCGGUUCGACAACGGCGGUCGAUCAAUGGCCUCCGCCUAGUCACUACAGCACGAACAUCAAAAGGUCUAACCAAAUACUUCUAGAUU